UCCCUCACCCCAAAUCUCCAAACCUAGCAGCCCCUCCUGCGCAAGCGGCGGCGGCAGCAGCCAAUCUCGCCCCGAUCGCUUCCGCCGCCUCCCGUACUUGCGUGAACGUGGAGCCAAGAGGCAUUGCCAGGCGUCCUCUCGAAAAGCCGGCGUGCCGUGGGGCGUGGGCAGGGGCGGGGGAGCGAUUGUUUCCACAGAGGUCGUUUGUCUGUGUUGGGAGUGGGUCAGGACGAUUCCCCCUCUUCUCCAUUUCAUCUGGAAGCGUCUCAAACGCGCCGCAGCAGAGGCAGGGAAUUCACUCAGCCCCGAAAAAAACGAGCUCAGAAUGGAUAGUAGCAAGAAAGAGAUGCUGGAUCAGAAGCCUCUCUUGGAAGUACAAGUAUUACUCUCCAUGGAUUCUGCUCCGGAUAGAGUCAUGGAUGGAGGAGCAGGGGGACUUACAGGGGAAAAGAUACCCUGGGAAAUGAUCGCCCCUGUUUGCAGCUUUGAAAAACUCUGAAUCAUUCAGCUUUUGGAGAGCAAUAAGUUUUGACCUGCUAUUCUAGCAUGCUGCCUGAUCAUUUGAUGCCUGGUCAUUUCUUUAAUUGCUGAAAAACGUGAUGAGCUGCUGCCAAGAAUCCCAUAAGGAGGAUUAUCUACAAGCCAGUGAGGGCUUCCUCAUUCUUCAAGAAGGACAUUAAUAGUGAAAAAUUAAACAAUUAUAACUGAAAUGAAGGUCUUCUCAAAGAUACUAUCAGAAAUGCUAACAACAUGCAUGGUCAGAAGGUGAAUGCUGUGGGGAGCAGCAAAAGAUCUUUCUGCUGGUGGAAAUCUUGAUCUAUAUGCAGCAAACAAUUCAGAUAAUUGCUAUACUUUUGAGUGAUCAGAACUUGAGAGUAUUUGAUGACAGGUUCAUCUGUCAUUGCCUUACUGGAAUUUCUUUUAUAAUUAAGUUUCACUGCCAACACUUUCAAUAGAUUUCACCCGUGAUAAAUGUAAGGCUGGCCCUUGGAGCAAUACCACAAAGUGGGAAGAAAAGGGUGGGUAGUUCCAUCAUCUCAUCAUGGUGCUUCCACCUCCAGAUAAGCACCAUGUGUGUCUUACUACCAUUGUUAUUAUGACCAGCAUGGCAUUCAUGGAUGCUUAUCUGGUAGAGCAGAACCAAGGGCCUCGUAAAAUUGGUGUCUGCAUCAUAGUUCUGGUAGGAGACAUCUGCUUUUUGAUUGUGCUGCGCUAUGUGGCCGUCUGGGUGGGGGCUGAGGUGAAGACAGCCAAACGGGGCUAUGCUAUGAUUCUUUGGUUCCUCUAUAUCUUUGUGCUGGAAAUCAAACUGUAUUUUAUAUUCCAGAACUAUAAGGCUGAUAAGAGAAAUCUGGAGACGGUGGCUAGAAAGGCACUGACCUUGCUUCUCUCUAUUUGUGUGCCAGGAUUAUACCUAGUGCUAGUAGCCUUGGACAGCAUGGAAUAUAUACGUACCUUCCGGAAGAAAGAGGAUUUGCGAGGGCGUCUCUUCUGGGUGGCCUUGGACUUAUUGGAUAUCUUAGAUAUUCAAGCCAACCUGUGGGAACCACAGAAGACUGGUCUGCCAAUCUGGGCAGAAGGACUCAUGUUCUUCUAUUGCUACAUAUUGCUCCUGAUCCUGCCCUGUGUUUCUUUGAGUGAGAUUAGCAUGCAAGGAGAGCAUAUUGCUCCCCAGAAAAUGAUGCUCUACCCUGUCCUGAGUCUGGUGACCAUAAACAUGGUUACCAUAUUCAUCCGAGCCAUUAAUAUGGUCCUGUUUCAAGACAGCAGAGUCUCUACAAUCUUCAUUGGCAAGAAUAUAAUUGCCAUUGCUACCAAGGUCUGCACAUUCCUAGAAUAUAAGAAGCAAGUGAAGGAGUUCCCACAAAAUGCCAUUGCACUUGAGCUCCAGCAGAACUCAGUGCCCCACAACCAGACCCUCCACAAUACACAAGGCCUUCCUCAUGAGCCAUCCCCCACCAGGGAGAUUUUGGACACAUGAUGAGCCUCUUCUUAGAUAUCAGCAUUGGUUCUUGUUUGCUUGGGUGGAGAGAAGGGGCAAAGAAGUAAUACUGCUCUCAUCCCAGCAUAGAGAGUUGCUUCCAGCACAAGAUUUUAACAAAUGGAGGAACAUCCCCUGCAACUCAGGUAUUUCCAAGGGGCCCUCUGGAAAGAAAGCAAAACCAAUGGACCUUCCAAAAAGAACCUCAUCCACUCCAGCAUCUGAUCUUUUCUAUCUGUUUGUUACCUGUGCUUCAACUUGUAAGAAAUGAGAAUUUGUUAUCACAGCCUUUUUUAAAGAAAGGGACAGGGCGGGAUGGGGCAGGAUGGGAGAAUCAGGACUGGCACUUCAGUCAGCGCACCAGUAUAUUGAGUCUUAUUGGAAAUGGUUGUGUUUACAGUUUCUUAUUUUCAAACAAAACAAAAACAAAAAAAGGUCCCGUAUAAUCGCUGCAGAAAACUGGAUUUGGGGCAGUUUUUUAAAUCUUUGCUAAGUAGAUCCUUUGCUCUGUUCAGUUCCUCUCAGCAAGCAGCAGCCUCACUCAUUCGGCCAGGAAAGUUCUAACAUUGCCAAAGUCUUCAGCCAGCCCUUCAAAGAAUCUUAUUUAACAUCACAUCUCAUAUUUUAAGAACAUUUAUUAUAAAUCAUUUAUAAAAUGAUUCAGUGCAAGAUUUCUAUUUUUCAGAAAACAAGUAUUUCUGUUUCAUUCACAUGUAUGCACACUUCAGUUCUGAUGGCAUGAAGUUCCAGAGCUUUUCAGGCUACACUGGCCUGGGAAAAUAUACAGGUAGUACUAUAAAUGGAAACUGAUAUUCUCAGAAUGAUGAACAUUCACUUUUAUUCCUGCAGCAGCUUAAUUUAUAACUCUGCUGCUUUUAUAUGAACUACACAGACUGCCUCUAAAAUAAGGCAUGGGACAAUCCCUUUACGCAAGAACUAUUGGGACACAAAACAGAGCAACAGUUUCCCAGCAAAAAUGUUGCACAAGCCUGAAAGCAAUGCAAGACUAUUUUUUUCUUAAUGAUCUCCCAUCCUCUCACUGGUGUCUUGAUCACAUACCAACAGAUUUUUCCAGUGUAUGCUAAUUCAGAUACCAGAUUGGAUACCUCAUUUGGCCAUGCAUAUCCAUUCCUCACUUAGCAACCUGAAACAAGGAAUCAAAUUUGGUAUUUUGCCAUACUAUCCCCCAUAAAAAUAUAUAGUCAAUCUUAUUGUGGUGGGAUUUACUAUAUGCUUUUAAAGCUCAGUCUUGUCAGUAGGUAAGGGUAUGAACAUUUGGCCUAUAAAUUGAAAAUAUUCAACUUGUUCAUUACAGCGGACAAUAAAAGCAAAAGAAUUGGCAGAAGAGAAUCUAAACAUUCUUGUAUAAAGUAGCCAUUCUCUCAGCCAAAAAAGCAGUAGAGGGGAAUAUAAAGGGAAGAAGCACUAGGAACAUAAGUUUUGAAGAUAUUACAUAUCCUGAAACAUGCAAAUGUUUAAGGAUAAUGCAGUCUUGCUCUGGAUCUGGGGUAGGGUAUUGGGCAUUAACCAAGUCACUACCUACAUUGACCUUACUGCUCUUACUAGUUUACUAAUUUUAGGCUCCCAAAACAUGUUCAGGGUGUUGCUAUCCCUGAAGACUAUAUGAAGAUGCUUAGUGCAUUUCAUUAUUUUGUCAAUUGUCUCAGGUCUGUGUGAUGUAGCUCCAAAAAGUUUAGUUACACCUAGACCUGUGCAUUUUAUUUUGUUUGAAGAUCAUUCUAUGUAAUAAAGGGUUCUGGACACCCA